CACUUUGCAGUAAGUUGCGGGCGGCUGUUGCUGGCGUGGCGUUUGCUGGUCGCGCGGGGAACUUUAACACGCUGGAUCCCAAAGUCCGUCUCUCUCACCUGCGCAGUUCGGUACUGCCAUGGAUCUCGCGACCGGAUUUACAAUCCUAAUCACACUUCCGAUCAUUCUGCAGACGAAUGGCCUUUAUAUCGCCAGUAGCAUAGAUUCCCUGCAGCAUAUACUGGGGGACUAUGGACUGGUAAAGCCCGUUCUGACGGAUGCAGAAGGCCGCUUCCUGUCGCACGCGGUAUCGGUCGGUCCAGUAGAUGGGCAGUUCCGUAGGCGCUGGAGAAGAGAGGCGGCGACUGCCGACCACGCCCACCACGAAUCCGGCACGUUCGACCGGCUCUACUACAACGUCACCGUCUUCGGCCGGGAAUUUCACCUGCGUCUGCGUCGCAACGCGCGACUGGUGGCUCCCGGAGCAAAGAUGGAGUGGCGUGAAUCCAACAGUACGCGCACCGAGCCUUUGAAGAGCGACUGCUUGUAUGUGGGGGACAUUACGGACGUUCAGGGAGCUUCAGUAGCUAUUAGUAACUGCGACGGUCUGGCCGGCGUGAUCAGAACGGAGCAAGAGGAGUUUUUUAUUGAGCCGCUGGAAACGGGACAUGAGGUGAUGGAGGAGGGUGGUGGACGUUCUCACAUCGUGUACCGGUCCGCUGCUGUAAAGAAGCCUCCUGUUAGUUCGCUAGCUGCCGACUUUCACUCUAGAGGUGCUGACUUGGGCGGCCUGAUGGAUCUGGAAACCCUCUAUGAGGGCGUCGAACGCAGCAUUAACCAGAGCCGACGAACCCGCAGACAGUCCCCGGAGCGAGCCUACAACAUCGAGGUCUUGCUGGGGGUGGAUGACUCUGUGGUGCAGUUUCACGGGCAGCAACAUGUGGAGAAGUACCUCCUUACUCUUAUGAACAUUGUGAAUGAGAUCUAUCACGACCAUUCUCUCGGGGCACGAAUAAAUGUGGUGCUAGUUCGGAUUGUUUUGGUGGAUGCCAAAAAAUCCUCAAGUCUCAUUGAACUGGGCAACCCUUCUCAGAGUUUGGAGAACGUGUGUCGCUGGGCUUUCGAACAGCAGAGGAAGGACACCAAUGACAAAGAAUACCACGAUCACGCCAUCUUUCUUACUCGCCAAGAGUUUGGGCCUACGGGAAUGCAGGGUUACGCUCCUGUCACAGGCAUGUGUCAUCCCGUACGGAGUUGCACUCUCAAUCAUGAAGAUGGUUUCUCAUCAGCUUUCGUGGUGGCGCAUGAAACCGGCCACGUGUUGGGUAUGGAGCAUGAUGGACAGGGAAAUCGUUGUGGAGAUGAGGUGCAAAUGGGGAGCAUCAUGGCCCCGUUGGUGCAGGCUGCUUUCCACCGAUUUCACUGGUCCCGCUGUAGUCAACAGGAACUGGGACGCUACCUACAUUCAUAUGAUUGUCUUCGUGACGACCCGUUUGAGCACACAUGGGAGGAGCUUCCCCAGCUGCCCGGACUACAUUAUUCCAUGAACGAACAGUGUCGCUUUGAUUUCGGGGCCGGAUACAUGAUGUGCACAGCGCUGCAAAAGGUGGGGCCGUCCGGAGCCCAGUAUCGCACCUUUGACCCCUGUAAGCAGCUUUGGUGUGCUCACUCGGACAACCCCUUCUUCUGCAAGACCAAAAAAGGGCCACCCAUUGAUGGCACUACAUGUGGAGAUGGGAAGCACUGUUUUAAAGGGCACUGUGUGUGGCUGACUCCAGACAUCAUUAAACAGGACGGAAGCUGGGGCGUGUGGAGUGAGUUUGGCGCCUGCUCUCGCCCCUGUGGACGGGGAGUGCAGUUUCGCACACGAGAUUGUAAUAAUCCACGUCCAGCAAACGGUGGGCGCUCUUGCUCCGGGCCGAGUUAUCAGUUCCAGAUGUGUAACACUCACGGGUGUGAAGAGCCAUACCACGACUUCAGAGCCGAGCAAUGUAGCAUGAUGGACAACAAGUUUGAAUACCAGCAGAACACCUGGCACCUCUGGCUGCCUUAUGAACACCCUGACCCUAAGCAACGCUGCAAAUUGUACUGUCAAUCCAAGGACACGCGAACUGUAGUCAACAUGCAAACUCUAGUGGAACCUGGAACGCAGUGCUCCUACAAAGAUCCCUACAGCGCGUGUGUGAACGGAGACUGUGAGAAAGUGGGCUGUGAUAAUGUGGUUGGAUCAACCCUACAGGAAGAUAAGUGUGGGGUUUGUGGAGGAGACGGCACCAAAUGCAAAACACACAAGUUUAACUUCACCUUUGUGGAGAAAAAAGGUGUCAUUAAAGUGCUGGAGGUUCCCAGAGGGGCGAGACAUCUCCUCAUUCAGGAGCUCAAUGGCACUGCUCAUGUUUUAGCUGUCAGGAAUAAAGCGCCAGGUGACUUCUUUCUCAACUCACACGGUGACUUCCCAGAGACGCGCUCGGUUAUAGAGAAAGGUCUUGAAUGGGAGUACGAAAACAAAAACGGCAAGGAUGCCAUUCAGACAAACGGACCUUUGAAAAAUGAUGUGGUUGUCAUGAUCCGAAUGCAUGGGUCGGCCAAGGUCAAGGUGUCGAUCAAAUACAUCACUGACAGCGAGAGAUUGAGCGACAGUGGCAAUGAAAACAACAUGGUCCCGGAUAAUGCUGUGCCGUAUUCCUGGGUGGUGAAGAGAUGGACUCCCUGUUCAAAAACCUGUGGAGGAGGCAGUCAGAUGACGCGGUACGGCUGUCGUAAGAACACUGACAUGAGGAUGGUCCAUCGGCGCUACUGUGAGAAAAUUCGACAGCCUCCUCCUCUGUUUCGAGACUGUUACCUGAGAGAGUGUGCUCAGCCCAUCUGGGUGGCCGGCGAGUGGGGUGAAUGCAGUAAAUCUUGUGGGAAGACGGGCACUCAGACACGCUCAGUUCGCUGUGUGCAACCUCUGGGCGAUGGCAAGUUUAAAUCCAUCCGCAGUCGUUACUGUAACGAUGAGCGCCCGGAGUCCCGCAGAGACUGCAAUCGCAACCUGUGUCCGGCUGAAUGGAGACUGGGACCCUGGUCGCAGUGCUCGGUCACGUGCGGCAACGGGACUCAGGAGAGGCAGGUGCUUUGCCACACCCGUGACAACACCAUUGGACUCUGUCUGGACUCUAAACCAGCGGCAUUUAGACCCUGCAGAAUGGAUCCCUGCCCAAGACAGCGUUGCCAUGGCGACCGUUCUGCGUUCUGCCGCAAGGAGGCGCUGCAGCAGCACUGCUCCCUGCCAAGCUUUCAACGCUUGUGCUGCGAGUCCUGCAGAUCCGGCAAUUCCACAAAGACCUCUGCCACCACAAGUAAGCCACGGCCCGCAUCUGCAAAACCCAGCAAGAAAAAAUCUGCUUCCACCACAACCCACGCUCCCGCACGCACAGAGUCCAGCACAACUCUUCAUAAUCACCGCCGGACCUCUACAGAUACCUAUUCGACAUCAACAGUGGGAAGCGGUGCUACUUUAGCAGGCGUGCCUUGGAUUUUAACAUCAGUGACAAUGGCAACACGUACGCUUGGAAACACCGCUGCUCCUAAUCGGCAGUCUACAACAACCCCCAUCCAAAUACACGUUACCGGAGAUUUCUUGUCAGAACAGAAUACAACCUUUCUCAUUCCCACAGCAAGUCCCGUCGUCACCCCUGCAUCUAGAAAUGACAUGACAGAAGGCACCAAAUUACCUGAUGCCAACAAGGCUGAAGAGUUUAAUGUGAGGCAACGUGUGGAUGAUGGUGCAGUGUUGUGGUCAGCCUCAACUAUCGCUGCUAAUGUUGAGGGAUUAAGCAUCGUUCCUGUGACGCUUACUGCGAAUGUGCUAACUACCACUGCAGAACCCACGCUGAUGCAAGCAACGUUUGCUGAUUCUGGUACAACGCUGGCAAGCAUGACAACAUCCAGCACAACAACAUCUUUAACAACAACAUCUGUGACGACAGUGGCGGCGAAGACGAGCGGACGCCCGAACAAAGUGGAUGAAACGAGCGAGAGCAAUGCUAUUGAUAUACCCGAUCAAACCAUCCCUUUGGACCACGAGUUUCCUCAGAAUAACAUCAUUCCCAGGAGAGGACGUGUGUUUCUGCGUGAGCGAACACGAAAUAAACGCAUCCAAGAGCUUCUUGAGGAGAAGCGAAACUUUUUGAGACGGAUGAAAAGGGCGCAGGGCGUUUGAACCUUGACCGGUUUCUCUUAUAGAGAUGCAACUUCUGAAAUGUGCUGUAAGCUAUUCGAUCCAUUUUGCUAACUUUUGCUAAACGUAGCUACUGAAUUAGACCACCCUAUCCCUCUAAGUACGCCGUCUCAUCAAGAGUCCGCUCUCCGAUCUGAUGUCAUCAUACUCAAAUGUGUUAAAAGAGCGCUGGAGCCGCUACAUGAGUCUAGGGCUGUCACAGGGACAGGUGUGAUUUCUCAGGACACCAAAUCAGUGAUAUCUGUCAGGUAGGACGUGCUGGAACAAAACCACUAGAAAAUGUUUGCACAGUUGCUUUCACCCUCAAUGGCAUUCCUGCAGGAGGUUUUACUGAAGCAAUAUCCAAGAAAGAGAGCGGCUUAUCAUUUGCGCAAAUCUAUCCUUCUCAAUGUCUUUCCUCUUCAUAUGAUACCGUAUGCUUCAUGACAGAUUGAUACAAUAGGCACAUACAGAUUUUUCCUCAAAUACCUUUCAAACAGGGUAUUUAAAUUUUUUCAUAGGUUUAGUGUUUUAUUCAGUUGUCGCCAUCCACAUGUGGCCUCUGUAUGUUUCUGCUGCAAUUUUGAGCUAAAUAAAAUCUCUUUGAUAAAACUAAAAGUCAAACAUUGAAUGUGCACAGCAAACCCCCCCCCCCCUCUCCCCCAGUGUCAAAUGAACACUCCUAAUCCCUAAUCGCACGAUAUUAGUAUGAUCUGGUGACCUGUUGUCAUUUGUAAUAAUUGCGGAGGUUGUCUGUGAUCUCAUACGAAUCGACCAUCAUCUAAAGCAGGGGUUCUCAAAGUCCGGACUCCGGUCCAGAUCCGGACCCGACGGGAACUUGAUCCGGACCCGCGUCCACUUCAUAUUACAAGUGCAUUAAUUUCUAUGUGAUUGAUUAAAUGUGUGCAUUUGCUACUUUACAAAUGCAUAUUAAACUUGUUAACCAUUCGUUUAGUUUUUUUUUCUUUUAAGAUUUAAGAGUAUUUCUGGUCCGAAAAUAAAACGAGUUAUUAAAAAAUUUCCUGUGUAACGCUGUAGCCGUCACACCCAGAUAUUAUGCACCGCAACUUCAUGUACUACGGCUUUUGAUCAGUAAGUCCUUAUCAAUCUGAAAUCACUGUUGGUUUGAGUUGUUUAAAACAUGCAUUUGAAAAAGCAACACUCGGCAUACAUAAUCUUUAUACAUAUUCUUUAUUAUCAUGAAAUACCUGAAAAGGUUUGAAGAACAGCAAUAUAAAUAUAUCCUUAAGACAUUUCCUGGAGCUGCGUGUGUCUAGUUCUUCGUCUGCAGCGCAUAUUAAGUUUCUGCCCAAGAGCGCCCCCUGGCUUUUGGAUGUAGCGGCCGUGCUUCACGGCAUCAUCAGCCAAUUUAUAGGUGCACCCCUAAUUUUGGUCAGUGUCUCUGCCUACCAACCACACCUUUUUUUGCAUGGUUUAUGCAUCUGAUGGAGAACAAACUGUGCCAUUUCUCUAAUUAGGUUUCUCUGUAUUUUGCACCUGGUUACUUUUGGCAUAUUUCUUGUGUUUGUUUAAAAAUUUUUUUACUUUAAAUGCAAAAUACACUUAUGUUUUUCCCAAACUAUUUGUGUUGAUUUGUUAUAUAAACAAAUGAUUUACAUAAAGUUUUUCCGGACCUAUGAAAAUGAUGAGAAUUCAGAUUUGGACCUUUGAAUGUAAACUUUGAGAACCCCUGAUCUAAAGAGUAAAAACUCCCCUGCAACUGACCUGAGGAAACCACUGAGGUCCUGUGACAAUAGUCCUGUGUGAAUCGCCAUCUCUGUUAUUUGGUCAGGCUUUAGCAGGGUCUCACUGUAUAUCAUUUUUGAUACUUAACUGCCUUUUAAUACCCACAUACAGAGACGCAUCCCUCCGCUUCUUAUGGCUUUCCUUGUGAAAUUUGAAGGAUUUGUUAUAUAUUUCUGCAUUUAAACUUCUAUAAUCAGUCUCUCCUCGUCCAUGUGUGAUGAUUAAUAUUGGGAAUGUGCAGAACUCUCAUUAUUUGAGAUCUCAGAGCUUAGGUGGAGCUGUCAGCCGCCACAUCGCAGGACCAUUUCUGAAAUGGAAUCCACUGAUGCUCGACGUGGUAAUGCGACACAUCUGAUUAGUACAAAAACUCAGUUUAACAUGGAAAAGGGACCUUUUACUGCGUAUGUAGGACAUGGUGUGGCGCGCAAAGCCUUAGCAUCAUAUCUGGGAGAUAAGUCAGUAAAUUUAGUAUAAUCACAGGCUUUGCUUAUACCGUGCGAAAGAACCACAUGAAAUUCAGGUGUGUGUGUGUGUGUGUGGGGGGGGGGGUAAUUUCUAAAUCACACAAGGUCUCCAGAUAAUAAUACUAAUCCCAUGCAAAUAGGGCUUUAGUGUAUACACAGAUGGUGUGCGUCAUACUGUAUAUACGUUAGUGUUAAAAAGUAACAGUGAUUCAGUGUUGAAGUUAAUGAGAUAAUAAGAAUGAACAUGAAUGAUGCUGUUAAACAAACAUCACUGAAGAAAACAUUCAGAAGAAGUGAUGACAGCCAAAGUAGCCAAAAUGAUAUUGUUUGCUUGUAGAUGCUUAUAUUAGUAUCAUGAUGUAAUUAUUUUCCCGAUCAUAGGUGGGUUUGGUCAUUUUAGACUUCAUUUAGACUCCUAACCGUGUUGUGAUGGUUUCUGUGAAGAAUACAAACAAAUUCAGUGUUGAAUCUCCUGGUGUGGAUUAUUAACACUGUUCAUUUAACACUGGAGGUUUGGCUGCGUGCAGUUUAAAUGCAUUUUCAGUGAUAUUGCGAAAUGAAUGCAACCAAAAUGAUUUCAGCAGUAACACGGAGAAGUGCAACAAACAGGACCUUAGACAGAUUUAUCCUUACAAGACUCUUACCUACAUCAACCUUUCGUCUCUUUUGAAUUGUAUCUAUGGGAAGAAAACAGGACAAUGUUAUUUUGGCAAAUAAAUCAUUUGGCAUAAAUCAGGGAUACGCCAUAAUUACAGAGGUACAGAUCUUAUGCUUUUGAAUUAAAUUUCCUUUUGUCUGUAUGCAAGCUUUUGUUGAAUGUUUAACAGAUCAGUAUGAGUUAAAUUUGUAUUGUUGAUAUGUUAUGAGAAUCAUAUUCCCAGUGCUCAAAGUUCUCACUGUUUGCUUUUGUGAAAAGCAAGAAAAAAAUGUAAAAAACAGAAAUAAAUUUUAAUAUUGCAAAGCG